CCUCUCUCACAAAGCGUAUACACCAAUUUCAAUUUCAAUUUCUCUAAGCAAAACCACAAAACACAUAACAGAAACAGUAAUUGUUGAAAAAUAUGGCUUUGGCUGUUUCUUCUUCUUCUAAAGUUAUCUCUGGAUCAGGCUUUCCUCUCUCAAGUUCGUCAAGUGAAAUCAAAGUUUCACAAAUCGGUUUGUUCCGGCUACUUGACCGUCCACACGUGGCAAACACGACUCUAUCCCAACGGCGGAGUUUUGUGAAGCCGGUGAAUGCAGAGCCGAAAUGGAUUGAUUCAACUGUGCCGCUUGCAGCGACCGUGGUGGCUGCCGAAGUUGAAGAGAAAGCCGAGGUAGUGGAGGAGGACUUUGAACAAUUGGCUAAGGAGCUUCAAGAUGCUUCGCCUCUUGAGAUUAUGGACAAAGCUCUUGAGUAAUUCGGAAAUGACAUAGCUAUUGCUUUCAGUGGUGCUGAAGAUGUUGCUUUGAUUGAGUAUGCACAUUUAACUGGUAGACCAUUCAGGGUGUUUAGUCUUGAUACUGGGAGGUUGAACCCAGAAACUUAUAAAUUCUUUGACACAGUUGAGAAACAUUAUGGCAUCCGGAUCGAGUACAUGUUUCCUGAUGCUGUUGAAGUUCAGGGAUUAGUGAGGAGCAAGGGGCUCUUUUCUUUUUACGAGGAUGGGCACCAAGAGUGCUGCCGUGUGAGGAAGGUAAGGCCCCUCAGGAGGGCUCUUAAGGGUUUGCGUGCCUGGAUCACUGGCCAAAGGAAAGAUCAGUCACCCGGUACUAGGUCUGAGGUUCCUGUUGUCCAGGUGGAUCCAGUUUUUGAGGGACUGGAGGGUGGUGUUGGCAGCUUGGUGAAGUGGAACCCUGUGGCUAAUGUUAAGGGUAAUGACAUUUGGAACUUCCUUCGUGCAAUGGAAGUGCCUGUGAAUUCAUUGCACUCACAAGGGUACAUCUCAAUUGGGUGCGAGCCUUGCACUAGGCCUGUCCUUCCAGGGCAACAUGAAAGGGAAGGAAGGUGGUGGUGGGAGGAUGCGAAGGCUAAGGAGUGUGGCCUCCACAAGGGGAAUCUGAAAGGGGAUAAUGCAGCACAAGUGAAUGGAAAUGAAAAUGGAGCUUCUGCAGUUAAUGACAUUUUCAAUUCCCAGAAUUUGGUGAAUUUGACUAGGACCGGUGUGGAGAAUUUAGCAAGAAUGGUUAACAGACAAGAGCCAUGGAUUGUUGUGCUCUAUGCCCCAUGGUGCCAAUUUUGCCAGGCAAUGGAAGGAUCAUACCUUGAGUUGGCUGACAAGUUGGCCGGAAGUGGUGUGAAAGUUGGAAAGUUCAGAGCAGAUGGUGAUCAGAAGGAAUAUGCUAAGCAAGAAUUGCAACUCGGAAGCUUCCCAACAAUACUGUUUUUCCCAAAACACGCUUCAAAGCCAAUUAAGUACACAUCUGAAAAGAGGGACGUUGAUUCAUUGAUGGCUUUUGUCAAUGCCCUUAGGUGAUGGAAACCAAACAGCAUUUGCAGAACACAUCUCUAUCAGCAAAUGGAAGCAUUGAGGCCUAAGGUUCUCAUUCACUUUUAUACUUUCUUUCCGAUGAUAAGAAGUUGGGGGAAUGCAAUACAGCUGGUCGGAAAACAUGAGUCGUGGUGAAACUGAACUUCACCAUGUAAGUUCAAUCUUCUCUUUUCCGGCAGUGGCACCCAAAGCACUUAAAUGUGCUCUUGGCGGUUUUGUGUAUUGUCGAUGUAGUGUUCAUUUCUUUUCUUGUUUCAAGUCUGUUAAGAGAUCAUCUGUGGUGGAAAUGAGUAGUACAGUAAUUUGAAGUUUCAAA